AUGAGCCUUGAAGGUUUCCGUCCCGCGCACCACGCACAUAUUCUUCAGGCCGUAUAUCUGGGCCUCGAGAUGGAUUACAACCAGGACACUGAUAGAUGUGAAUAUGCGCUAUGUACUCAUGAUGGUACAUACGUUAUCGACUAUGUAGUAGAUUCAAUUGAUCUCCAUCGCACCCAAAGUAUGCAAGUCAAAACAGAAAUAGUUCUGUCUGUUGUCCUUGAUCGCAUUACGAGGUAUCUUCGAUCGAAUGGAUACAAAAUCUCUAUAAUUGGACUCAGUUCGAAAGUAAAUGGAGCAAGCGGUAAUCCUGGCUUUGUACUUAUCGACCCCAAAGAAAUCGCCAGCUCGUUCUGGUUCGAUCUCGACGCAUUACCGUUUAUUAUUUCGACGAGGGGGUCGACUGUCGAUGAGCGAGCUAGCUCCGCAGCGAGAAAGUCUGUCAUAUGGCUAUCACCGCAAAUACCCGGAUCAAUCCCAAGAAUCUCGGUCGGUUUUCGACACGAAGUCGAGGUUGAUCUCAAUGGCAUGAUAAAAUUAUGUGACCUAGCCGAUUACCAGAAAACUGUCAAACCGGAAACUUGGGAAGUGAUAUCAUGUAUUGCUCACGAGUUGAGAACGAAGAAGGUCAAGGCGUCAUUUUUCAGUGCGACUCCACAGGGAGGAGGAGUUGCUUUGAUGCGCCAUGCUCUUAUACGUCUAUGUCGUCUCUUGGGACUUGAUAUUUCUUGGUACGUGGCCAAGCCCUCACCCGAAAUAUUUGACAUUACAAAACGAAAAUUUCACAAUGUGCUCCAAGGAGUCGCUCCUGAAGGCUGUGAACUACUUGCUCAUGAGAUGGAGGCUUUCAUAGAAUGGUCAGACACCAAUGUCAGACGUUACUGGACGGACGAACAAGGGCCCAUAAAGACAUCGGAUGUGAUUAUAAUCGACGAUCCACAAUUGUGCGGUAUUAUCCCGCAAAUCAAGAAACUCAAUCCGUCUUGCAAAGUUAUUUAUCGCAGUCACAUUGAAAUCAGAUCAGAUUUAAUAAAGGAAAACCCAGAAGGACCUCAAGCAAUAACGUGGAACUUUCUUUGGCAGUUCAUUUCUUUAGCUGAUUUGUUUGUCUCGCACCCUAUUAAAGGCUUUAUACCUGAUUGCAUACCGCCUCACAAAUAUGUUCUUAUGGGAGCUUCGACCGAUGCCCUCGAUGGUCUCAACAAAGAAAUGAACGAUGCUGAUAUAGAGUAUUACCAAUUGAUAUUCAACAGAUUGGCUAAUGAUCAAUGUGAGAAAGAGAUCGAUUUCGCUUGUCCGUACAUAAUUCAAGUGGCGAGAUUUGAUCCCAGUAAAGGAAUUCCUCAUGUCAUAGAGUCAUUUAGAUUAUUGCGUGAAAAGUUAGCCGAUACAAAUUUACGCCUUCCAUCAUUAAUCAUAUGUGGAACCGGGAGUAUUGACGAUCCAGAUGGGACGGUUGUGUAUAAGGAAACGCGAGAUUUGAUCCAACAACCAAAAUACGCUUCGAUUGCUGGAGACAUAGUCGCGGUACGCCUGCCUGCUUGUGAUCAACUAUUCAACAGUCUUUUAAGAAAAGCACAUGUGGCAUUACAAUUAAGUACCAGAGAGGGUUUCGAGGUAAAGGUUACCGAAGCCCUUCAUAAAGGAGUACCGGUCGUUGCAUUCAGAGCUGGAGGUAUUCCGCUCCAAAUUCGUGAUGGAGAAACUGGAUUUUUGGUAGACGUGGCUGACGAAGCGACAGUGGCAGAUCGCUUAUUCGAUCUCUUUACUGACAAGGAUUUAUACGAACGCAUGUCCGCUACUGCCAAGAGAACAGUCUCUGAAGAAUUCUUCAACGUCUAUCAGACGUUGAAUUGGCUCUAUAUGAUUAACCACUUUGCUGACCUUCGUCGCGAAGAGAAUUCCUUUACGGGUAGCGAGAAAGUAAGCGUCGGACAUGGUAGAUGGAUUAAAGAAUUCUGGCAGGAAGAAUAUGCAAAAGGCCGAUUCCACUUUCCUACUGAUGCGAAUGGAAAUGUUAUUACGUACGAUGAGAGCAUAAGGGUGACUGAUGGGAUCCCAACACCUGUUACUCCUACGUCGCCCUCAUAA